GAUCACGCAUAUCGCGGAGUAUUCCGCGAUACGCGUGCGCCCGAAUUUAAUUUAUCAGAUUGGGCUUCUAUUACGAUAUCUUCACAGUCAUCGUAUUAAUCACGAAGCUUAUAAAGCGCGCGGAAGCAAGCGGUCAGCGCACUUGUGUGUUUGAAGCCCUGCUCAUCGUUAAAAAAAACAUUAGGUACAUUGUGUAAGAGAAACCGCUUCUCAUUUGCGCAUUGUAAAAGAAUAUUCUGCGCAGACAGUUUCUGUGACAAUGAUGUUGCGAAUCACGAUCAGCGUUAUCGUUUUUUGCGUAUUACUAAUAAGCGAGGCGCAUAAGCUUGACGACGCGCGAGUGAAUUAUAAUAAAUAUUGGAAGGAAUUUCAAGAGUUUGUUAAAUGGAAAAGGACAAAACAGCCCGACGAAUCUAGUGUUGACUUUCUGAAACGUGCGAUCGGAUUCGAUGAUGGUCGAGACAGUCAAAGGACUACUAAUCAAGUCAUACAAGAUCUACCGCCGAAAGACCAGGCAGCUUUAGUCGCCAGAUACGUCGUUAAUCAAGCUGAUUGGGCUGCUACAGCGACAAUAAGCAUACGGAAAGAUGUGGAAACAUUUCCUGUUGCGAAUUUAAUCUCCAUCAGUGAUGGACCUAUUGGAAACGGCACUGGAAUUCCAUAUAUGUAUCUCACUCCUCUUGAUUUUACUGCCCAAGAUCUCGCUGUAGAUCAUCGCGCGACUCUUUUAGUAUCAUUGGCAGAAGGAAGUUAUUGCAAAGAUAAAAAUUGGGAUCCAAUGGACCCGCGAUGCGCCAGAGUUAUGCUAAGUGGAAAAAUUGCAGUAGUGAAGAAUAAUACUAAAGAGCAUGAAAUUGCAAAACAAUUAUUUUUCGAUCGUCAUCCAAAAUUGGAAAAUAUGCCCGCAGAUCAUGGAUUCUUUUUCGCCAAGUUAAACAUAUUUGCGAUCGCUUUAUUGAACAAUUUUGGUGGACCAAAAUACAUUUCCGUAGAAGAUUAUUUUAAUCCACCAGUGAAUAAUUUCACGGAUAAAUUAUACAAACGUUUCUUUGCGGAAUCAAUUUAAUAAGAAACGACUUUGUGAUACUAAUAAAAAUUUUUUGAGUCAAUAAAAUAUAAUCGCGAGACAUAUUUUCACGGGAGAUGUAGUUUUAAAAGACUCAAUAUUUAUAUAUUUUGUAAACACACACACAUACAUACAUACAUAAUAAC